AAGGGCCCGGCGCCCGGCCUGAGUGGCUCAAGAUUGGCAGAACUGUCGCUGCCUUGCUUUUCUUUCUGCCCAUGCCCUUGGCAGCAGUGACAGAGCUGUCUGACGCAGAGUCUGACGCAGAGCCGAAGCUGAAGUCAAAGGGCGCAAAGAAACAAAGGGCCCCGACACUCAUGAAAAAAAUUGGGGGCAAGCAAAAAGUCGCGAAGAAGAAGAAGAAGAAGCUGACGAAGACACAAAGCAAGAAGGUUGUCUCGCCGACGGUCUUGGCGAAGCUGAUCACUGUCCGAAGCCUCGGAGUGGCAAAGACAGUGAUGGAGAAAACCGCCAAGUUGCCGCACCACGGCUACAUUGGGAAGGCCAUCCACGCUGUGACGGUGCCCCUAAAACGGACCCCGCCCUUGAACCUGAAGGUGGUUUGCAGGCAGAAGCCUGGUAAAAACAAGAAGGGUGCGGACAAGUUUACUGGCAGCCGGAGAUUCAAAGCCUGGUCCACCAUCCGUUGCUUUUCAGCGACAACCACAGUGACGCGCUCCAGUGUAAGCAAACGCGGGAUCUCUGAUCUGGCAAACCAGAUUGCCAACUCGACUUCCUACAAGCAGGCCAUCCGUGCUCGUGGCGAAAAGCCUGGAGCCUAUCUGUCUGUCGGGGCAGCUGAGUGGUUCUCAGGCCUCCCACUGGGCUGGUCGAGCCCGCAUGCGGGGGCAGUGGACAAGGACGUUGUGCAGAACAUGUUCCCAGACCGAGGUGUGCAGAAGCUGCCUUGCGUGUCGCUCUUCACGGGCAUCGGGGGGUGGCUUGAGCCAGUAGAGAUGGUGGAGCGUGACCCACACUGCCGAGCAGUGUUGACAGCCCGCCAGGCAGAAGGCAAUCUGCCUUGCUGCCACUUGUGUGAGGACGUGGUGGGCUAUGUGCCCACUUGGCGCGCUCGAACGGCAGUUGCCCUGACUGCAGGUUUUCCGUGCCAGGGUGUGAGCCAAGCAGGCCAUCAAGAAGGCAUGCGUGACCGCCGUUCAGCGCUUGUCAAGUGCGUGUUCGACGUGUGGGACAAGCUGCCGCGCGCGCGCGUGGCGGUGAUGGAGAAUGUGACGGCUUUGCUGAGCAAGUCUGAUGGUUGUCGGGACAUCUUCAACUUCAUUCUUCAGGAGUCCCAGAAGCGCGGCCUCAUCCUCCACUGGACUUCUCUCAAGCUGACCAAUUUGGGUCUGCCAGCUGGGCGCUCCCGCACGUUUCUGGUGGCGGCCCGACCUGGCGACGAUGCCCUGUUUCAGGACCCUGUCGAGCUUGACCACUGGAUCAAAAACAGCCCCUGGAACAAGUUGAAUUCAAUCCCAGAGCACCUCUGGUUGGCCAAGACCCGCUCAGAAGAGGACGAGUGCCGAAUUCACUCGAUGGGCAAUUUGGUGGUGCCCCAGCAAGCGUGCUGCGCCGCCAGCAUCUUGAGCCACAUCAUUGCUCUGCACUGACCAGUUGCGUCAUGUCUUGAGGUUCUGUGUCGUGCUGCUUGAUUGCGCCAGACGUGCAAGGUUUAAUGUCAAGGGUAAAUUUGUGUUUCAACUGGCGGAUGUGAGCGCGCGCAAAA